AUGAGAAUGGCGUUACUGCGAGCUAUUGCCGUGUCGCUUUCAGUCGCCGGAACAAGUGCUCUGCCGUACCAUGCUUCUCUCAAACGCCAAGUCUCUGAGCUCCGCCCCGACUACGACUUCAUCAUUGUUGGCGGAGGCACGAGCGGCCUUACCGUUGCCGACCGCCUCUCAAAAGCCUUUCCCAAAAAAAGUGUUUUGGUCGUCGAAUAUGGCGCUAUCGAGUAUGCGCCCGGAGUCUUUGACCCGCCCACACUCUGGACUCAGUCAGACCCCAACGCUGUGAGCAGAUGGAGCUUCAACUCACUACCUAACCCGGAGGUGGACAACCACACGGCCUUUAUUGCCAUCGGAAAGACCGUGGGCGGCAGCAGCGCCGCCAAUGGCAUGUUUUUCGACCGCGGAUCACGGUUUGACUAUGAUGCCUGGACCGAGGUUGGCGGACCCGAGCUUCGGCCGAGUAAGAUCAAGUGGAACUGGAACGGGAUGAUAGCCUAUUUCAAAAAGAGUGUCACAUUCACUGAGCCUCCUCCUGCAAUUGCCCAGAAGUACGGAUACACAUGGGAUGUCUCGGGUGCGUAUGGCGGUACAACACCCAUCUUCUCGAGUUACCCACCUUUCCAGUGGGGAGACCAGCCGGUUCUUCGUGAGACUUGGGAAGAAAUGGGAUUGGAGCCCCGUAGAGAGUGUGCCGGGGGCGACAAAGAAGGGAUCUGCUGGGUGCCUACUUCGGAAGAUCCCAUAACGGCCCGACGCUCGCAUUCGGGGCUCGGCCACUAUGCUGCUGUACAGCCGAGGUCAAACUACGACCUCCUCGUGAAGCACCAGGUGGUCAGAGUGGUGUAUCCCAAGGGCCUCAAGGCCAAGUCUGGCCCACCUUUGGUCGUAGUCCGAUCAGUGAGUGACGCAGGCCAGCAGUUCAACGUAACGGCAAAGGCCGAGGUCAUCAUCUCGGCCGGCGCUUUCCACACACCAACGGUCCUGCUGCGUAGCGGAAUUGGGCCGGCAUCAUAUCUUCGCGCGGCAGGGGUUCCCACGCUUAUCGAUCUGCCCGGUGUUGGCUCCAACCUCCAGGACCAUUCAGGGCCGGGCGUCUUUUGGAACUAUACCAAGCCCGGCAACUUCUCACCGCUUCCUCACGACAUGCUCGAUCCUACCUUCAAAGCUGAUGCCACGACGGGUUUCAACCAAGUCCCAGCCCGGGGCCCGUACACACUCAGCAUGGGCAACUCGGCCAUCUACGUCUCGCUUCCGCAUGUUGCCCCAGCGACCUAUCGGGAUCUCGUCGCCAAGAUCCGCCGACUCGCCACGGUAGGAAACACAGCAGCGAGCUAUCUCCCGCCGGACACGGAUCCGUCUGUCGUGGCCGGUUAUAAGGAUCAACUCCAGACGCUGGCGAAUCUGUUCGCAAACGCGGAGGCUCCGAGCCUCGAGACGCCGUGGGCCGAGUCGGGCGGCUCGGCGUUGGCUUUCCAUUUGCAUCCGCUCAGCCGCGGCACAGUGCGGCUAGAUCCGGGCGACCACCUGGCGCAGCCGAUCCUCGACUACCGCAUGCUGUCAAACCCGCUCGAUUUGGACUUACACCUGGCGCACCUGCGGUUUCUUCGAAAACUGCUCGACACACCGACCAUGCGUCGCUAUGGUGCCGUCGAGCUGGCGCCCGGCCCCGCGGUGGCAGCAACCGACGAUGCCCUGCGCGCCUACAUACGGCAGACUAUGAUCCUGUCUUUCCAGCACCCAUGCUGCACGGCACCCAUGCUAACCAGGGCUAAGGGGGGCGUGGUGGGACCGGAUCUCAAAGUGCACGGGACACCUGGAGGGCUCCGGGUCGCGGACAUGAGCAUCGCGCCGUUGCUGAUUGGUAGCCAUUUGAGCGCGACGGCAUAUGCGGUUGGUGAAAAGGCUGCAGAUAUCAUUAUCGAGGAGUGGUCGAAACCGGGACAUUAGCUGGGCACAUCAUGUGGAACCGAACCGUGGCUACUGUUAACUCCCCUCCUCAAGCUGCAGCUGCAUGUCACCAUAGUUGAAGCCCAGCCUAAGGUCUAUCAAAUUGAGCCUGUGGAAGGCAAGCCGUUGCAGAGUUCAGGUGAAGAAUUCACCAUAGGUACUUACCCAGUACGUAGAGAUGUUCCGCCACGGCUACUUUCCAUCAACCGUCAGCAGAAUGAUGGAAACCUUCGGAGCAUAAAUCAGAUAUAAAGGAACGACUGGGUCGAACCUCCGACAAUGACUGUACAAGCUAGACUCUAAAUUUGAGGCCGCCAUUCCCACCUGUCGUCACGACGGGCAUCCUCAAAUUACAGAUUUGAAGUUAGGAUAAUUUUGCCUUCGGAAGCAGAA